ACUUGAUUGGCGGUCGUGCCGGCCAGUGAGACCAGGGCGUAGGCGGGGCGCGGCUCGGAGCGCGAAACAUGGCGGGGCAGGACGCUGGCUUCGGCCGCGGCGGCGACGACUACUCAGAGGACGAGGGCGACAGCAGCGUGUUCAGGGCGGCUGUGGAGGUGUUCGGGAAGUUGAAGGACCUAAACUGCCCCUUCCUUGAGGGUCUGUAUAUCACAGAGCCAAAGACAAUUCAGGAACUGCUGUGCAGCCCCUCAAAGUACCGCUUGGAGAUCCUAGAGUGGAUGUGUACCCGGGUCUGGCCCUCACUGCAGGACAGGUUCAGCUCACUGAAAGGGGUCCCAACAGAGGUGAAGAUCCAAGAAAUGACGAAGCUGGGCCAUGAGCUGAUGCUGUGUGCGCCAGAUGACCAGGAACUCCUCAAGGGCUGUGCCUGCGCCCAGAAGCAGCUGCACUUCAUGGACCAGCUGCUUGAUGCCAUCCGGAACCUGACCGUUGGGUGCUCCAGUUGCUCGAGCCUGAUGGAGCACUUUGAGGACACCAGGGAGAAGAACGAGGCCUUGCUGGGGGAGCUCUUCUCCAGCCCCCACCUGCAGAUGCUCCUGAAUCCAGAGUGCGACCCAUGGCCCCUGGACAUGCAGUCCCUCCUCAACAAGCAGAGUGAUGACUGGCAGUGGGCCAGUGCCUCUGCCAAGUCCGAGGAGGAGGAGAAGCUGGCGGACCUGGCCAGGCAGCUGCAGGAGAGUGCUGCCAAGUUGCAUGCGCUUAGAACGGAGUACUUUGCACAACACAAGCAAGGGGCUGCUGCGGGCGCAGCCGACGUGAGCACCCUAGACCAGAAGCUGCGUCUGGUCACCUCCGACUUCCACCAGCUAAUCUUGGCUUUCCUCCAAGUCUAUGACGAUGAGCUGGGCGAGUGCUGCCAGCGCCCAGGCCCUGACCUUCACCCGUGCGGCCCCAUCAUCCAGGCCACACACCAGAAUCUGACUUCCUACAGCCAACUGCUGCAAGUGGUCGUGGCAGUUGCUGACACCUCUGCGAAAACCGUGGAGACGGUGAAGAAGCAGCAAGGCGAGCAGAUCUGCUGGGGCGGCAGCAGCUCCGUCCUGAGUCUAGCUACCAAGAUGAAUGAACUAAUGGAGAAAUACAAAGUCUUCAGUGAUGGCCACGCAAAAGCACAGGAUAGUGGGGGCAGGAAGCCCUUUCCCAAGAUCGAGUUGGCCGAGGAUGGAUGAUUGUGGCAGCAGAAGCCGUUGCAGCCCCACGUUGUGCUCUAGGCAGGGACCUUUGGCCCCUUUGGGGACAGAGAGACAAGAUGGGUGGUUUGAUUUGGACACAAAGAAAGCCUCGGUUUUUAAGCA